AUGCAAGACCUUCACGUCUUCGCAAAGUUAUUUUCUCCUUUUCUUAGAAGUUCGAAAAGGAGAAAAUCUUUACCAUGGUUUAUCACGCGGUAAACACGAGAUUUGUCUCCAAAUCAUUUAUUUUUUCACUGUCCAUAAUUGUGAUGCUAUCAUGCACAACAUAUUCACAACAAAAUAAGAAUCAAAACCCUAUCAAAUCAAAAACGUAUUUAACAGAAAAGUUUGAAUUGGGACCUGGAGAGGUUCUGGCUAAAACUAUUGAAGAUAUUGAAUUUCCAAGGGGCCAUAUUGGAGUCAAAAGCUUUGAUGUUGAUUUAGUUGAUGAGCAAGGGAACUCCGUACCAUUAUAUGAAACAUACAUUCAUCAUUGGUUUGCUAUAAGAUAUCACAUAAACAAGGAUAAAACUAUGCCGCAUGAGGGUCCAAGUUUCAAAAGAAAUGAUGGAACUUGCAACACAUAUAUUCUACCACAUUAUUGGGGUUUGGGAAGUGAAUCACGAGGAACAUGUUCAAAGCUUCCAGAACCUUUUGCGGUUGAACAAGGUAAUCCUGCCAAUAUUAAAGAAGGUUGGGAAGAGAAAUGGCUAUUUAACCUCAUGGUCCUUGACACACGUGGCACAGAAGAUAGAAAAAGUUGUAGUGAAUGUAGGUGUGACCAAUUUAAUCUCCCAGAAAAUUUUUAUAACGUGACACCAGAUAUACAUGGUAAACCAUUGUCCCCCGAAUAUAAAGGAGGAGUCUUUUGUUGCCAAAAUUCAUUUCAAUGCAAAUUGAGAAAAGGAUUCCAAGCACCAUGUAGAAAACUUGCUCUAAGAUACACAAUAACAUGGGUUGAUUGGGACCUACAUCAAAUCCCUGUUAGAUUUUAUAUACUUGAUUCCACCGAUCGUAUCACAAUAAACGGUUCAGAAAUAAUCCAUGAUUGUCAGGCAGAGUAUACUAUUCCUAAAAGUAAUAGUACUGAUCUUGUCCAUGUUCAAAAAGCAAGCAUCCCAAUGAUAAAAGGAGGUUAUCUUAUUUACGGCAUUUCUCAUAUGCAUACAGGUGUUGUUAAUGCUACACUAAUUGGACAGGACGGAAGGACAUUGUGUACAUCAACACCAAGAUAUGGAACGGGAAAGGAAGCAGGAAAUGAAGAAGGUUAUGCCGUUGGAAUGUCUGCUUGCUCUCCAAAACUAGGCUCAAUUAAGAUUAACGAUGGUGAAAUUGUGACUAUGGAAUCAAGGUAUAAAAAUGAAUUUCUCACUGGAGCUAUGGGACAUAUGUACAUCUAUUUGGCUGACCGACUACCACAUACGACAUAGACAUCAUAUUCAUAUUAUUCGUAAUUCUUUCAGAUAUGGUUUUUGAUAAAUAUUUUAUUCAAUGUAUAUCGUCAACAUGUGGUGCUAGCUCAAUAAAAAGAGUUCAAAUCAA